AUGAGUCUGUCCUCCAACCACGGCUUCGAGACCACUUCAGAUAUCGACCACCGCGCUUGGAUAUGGGUUGCCUCGUUUUUGGCGCUCAUCUACAGCGUCCUGUGCCUGGCUGCAAGAAUCACGUCGAAGUGGGGCCUAUUGUGGGUUGACGAUGGCAUACUUGUUGGAGCAUACGUGGCUGCCGUGGUACACUGGGGGCUGCUAUAUCAGUCGCUUGUAGAUGGGCUGGCGGUGUCACCAGUCGCCAUCACAGCAGGACAGCUGGGACAUGCUGCGCGGAUGUACUUCGGAUCCAGGAUACCCUGGUUUCUCGCACACUGCCUCUCGAAGAUGUCCAUCCUCGUCUUCACGAGGCGAAUCUUUGUUGGAGACUUCUACAAAGAGAACAUCUUCUUCGGCAUCGCAUACGCCUUCACAGUCAUAUAUGGCAUCCUCGCCGUCCUGCUGAGCUCGGCUGGCUGCCACCCUACCCAAGUCUUGACAGCCAACGUCAACGCCGUGUGUAAUGGAAACACCGGUCGUUGGGCGGCGUUGACAGCCAUGGACGGAUUCACGGAACUCAUCGUCUUAGCGAUGCCGAUCUGGUUCAUCUCGAAGAACGAGCUCAAGGCGAGCAAGAAGCGAAUCGUCGUUUUUGUCUACUGCUUCCGCCUCAUCGUCAUCGCCUUCACCAUCGCCACAACCUCCUCCUACAUCCACUUCCUCGACCACGGCCGCACCAACAUCGACAUCGCCCCCGUGGUGGCCUGGCAAGAAACCCUCCUCGCCUUCUCCCUCAUCUCCGCCUCCUUCCCCUGUCUCCGCUCCUUCCUCUGGGCCUUCAUGUCCCGCGGUCUGAUGACCAUGUACGGAAACACGACUCUCGUCUCCUCGUCCGGCCACACCGGCGCGGGCUCCCAUGGCGCGAGCGUGCAGCUUCGUUCGCUGAACAAGUCACAGGUGUCGCGAAACGACUCCGAGACCGGGGAGUCGAGAUUCCGAUUGAGGCCCGAUCAGGUCGCGUAUCGGUGUGAUGUUGUGGGUGAGCCGAGGAAGAAGGGCAGUGGAGGGUUGAGUGGUAGUAGUGCUGGCGGCAGUAGCAGUGCUGCGGAAGGGAGGGGGAAGAGGAGCGAUGACUCGGAUAGGAUGAUUAUACAUCAGGAGACGAGUUAUCGUGUGGAGAGCAUUGGGAAUGAUGUCUAG